AUUGGUUACUAUGCCCGUUGCAACGAUAUACUAGACUCGUUAAAAAGUAUGUAAUAUGUAGAUUUUUGUUAUAUUUUUUCGCUUUAUUAUUUUUUUAUUAUCUGGAAAUUAUGAAAUUUUACGUUCGCAUUCACACUCGCUGAGUAACGGGUAUCUGAUAUCUGCAUUUUCUUGCUUAUAUAGAUGUUGAAAAUUAAAACAAAAAACACCAAACCUGAAUAAUAAUAACGAGGGAUGUGGAAUGUAAAAUUGCCUAGCAACGGAGCUGGCCUGGCCUUUUUCGCCUUGUGGAAGUUUAUUAAUUUUCAUUACAGAACACAUUUGGCAAUAUGGUGCUUAUCACCGAAAAGCUGGUCCGCAAGAAGUCAGAGCACAAUGAACGUCUAAUCAGCACACUGGAAGAGAUCUCCUUGCACCAGGAGGACAUCGAGGUAAUUGAACACAUCCAGAACUGGUGUCGCGACCUCAAGAUCCUACUCCUCCAAUCCAACCUGAUUGCACGCCUGGAGAAUUUGCACAAGCUGAAGCGCUUGGAGUACCUCAAUGUGGCCAUCAACAACAUAGAACGGGUGGAGAAUCUGGAGGGCUGUGAGUCGCUUAGUAAACUUGAUCUUACUUUAAACUUUAUAAGAGAGCUAACCAGUGUGGAGUCGCUAUGUGGCAACCACAAUCUCCGCGAGUUGAUACUCAUUGGUAAUCCUUGCGUGGAUUAUCCGCACUACCGGGACUACGUGGUGGCCACCUUGCCACAGCUGAACAGUUUGGAUUGCGUGGAGAUCAUGCCCUCGGAACGUCUGCGAGCGUUUCGGGAACUGUCCAAGAACCGGUCCAUCAUUGUUCAGAAGCAAGCAGAUCAGAACAUCGAACGUGAUGAGCAGCGUAUCCGGGUGGCGAAGCAACAGUCCGCUCUGGCUGAACAUUGUGCCGGCAUAGAGGACGAAGAAGAGCGCAUAAAGGCCUUUUGGCAGGCGAAGAGCGAGCACUGCCCGGAGAUUCGCACAGAGAUCGCUCGGCAACACCGAUUGGGCCGGGAGCGGCAUGAAACCAAGUCCCCACUGGACCCUCCGAAGCCGCAGCGCAACCUCUUCGCUCCUUGUGGCAGACCCUACAAUCUGAACCAGGCCAAGCUGCCCUUUAACUUCCAGGACGAGGCCGACCAUUACUUGCUCCAACUAGAGGUGUACAGACACCUGGAUACCUCUCUAAUUGACAUCGAUGUGCAGACCACGUACACUAGAGUCACCGUCAAAAAGAAGAUCUUUCAGAUCGCGUACAACGAUGAGGUCAAGCCGGAUGAGUCCACGGUGCAGCGUUCCCAGAUUACAGGUCACCUUAUGGUCAAGCUUAAGAAGCUAAAAGUUAACGAGCUGCUGAUAGCCAAGAAAAGCACGACUAAAAGCCCUGCCCCUUUUGAUGCAGGAAAAAAUGAUGGGAAUCCAGAGGAAGCGUUUCGCGGAGUCGUGGACAUCAGCAACAUUUGUGCACCCGAAGAUCUCCCCGAUUUAAUUUGAGACGUGUUCAUUAUUUAAAAAUGGUUUAUUUAAAUAUUUGUCUGAUUUGGUUUGAUUUCUCAAACUCCUCAGUGAUCUUUUGUUUUGUUUGGUUUUUGUGAUCCACCAAUCGAUCAAUCAUAAGCUUUCUAAUAAACACUUUAGCCAGAUCGGAUGCUCAUAUAUGCUAUAUAUAUGCGCUUGAGUGUGUGUCUGUGUACAUAUACAUUUCAUAUAUAAAUGUAGUCACAUGGCCAAUAAACGUAAGUCGGAUAAUGCAAAACAGAGCACACGAAAAUAAAUAUUAAAUUAAAAAUUAUAUUCUAACUUCGGGUUUUUUCGAUUAUUUCUUACGGAAACCGUGGUUUGCCAAAUUAAUGAAAAUGUCUUCGCCUAGUUUCUUCGAGCAUACAAUAUAUCCAAUUUCAAAAUUUAAUGGACUUGAAUUCAGGUUCUUGCUUCUGCAGCAAACGAAAAAGUAUUCGGAUAUGAGGAUAGAAAUUCCCGUGAAGAGGCCUCUUAAAUGGCUAUACAAAUUCAGGGCCUUAGUUGGUUUUCGUUUAAAAUGUGCCUUUCAUGGUGUAUUUACAAUACAUGAUCGGAUUAUCGGUACUGCUAUCGCUUUCUGUAUACAUAUUUAUAUAUAAGUUGUGAAAUUGCUAUAAAUUACAAGAUACAUAAAAAAAUGUAUUCGAUUUUAUCUGAAAAAGUCGCUUUGUCCUGUGGAAAGUAUGGGAUGAUGGGAUGUGGUCGGGAUUUCAGAUUAUUGAUGGAGGGUCAUGUCUUAUAUGAAAUGAUCAUAGUUUGUUUGCUUAUUUUCGCUCGUUUGUUAAAUGGAUAUAGCAACAAUCUUGUAUUCUCUCUCGCUCAUAUAUUUCGGUAUUUGUUUUAUUAUUCAGUUUGUAUCUUUAAAUAGUAUUGUAUUCUAGCUGUGUUGUGUGCAGUUCGUCAUCAGUUUCUUGUUUUGGUUUUGAUCUGUAAUAUAUGUCAGUAUUUCGCUUAUUUAUUUAAUUCAUUUCAUAUUAUAUUCGUUUUGCAAUUGCUUAAGUCCAUGGUUUUACUUUUGUUUUUCUUUAUCUCUUGUUUUUGUCGUUUUUCCGUUUUGUGGUUCUCUUACAAAAAUCGAACAAAGUAAAAAUAUUUCGAAAAAGCUUUGUUGCCGACUACUUUUUUACCUCUCAUGUUGUCUCUGUGUAUUUCUGUGGUUGUUGCUGUUUUGACCAGACUCAAAAACUCGAUUAACAACAGUCAUGUUUGAAAAAACGAGGUAGGACAUUGUUUUACAAUAAAUAUGAUUCCUUUUUCUUCUGCAUUCCAUUUGGGUUCGUAUAAAAACGAAAUAAAUAAGAAAGCGGCUCUAAUUAAUUCGGGGUGAGUGUCGGGAUUUGUCAAGUGUGAAAUAAACUACAAUUAUAAAUACAUAUUUUGGUUAUACCUUA